AUGGCCGUGCACGGUUGUGCUGGGUCAAAUAUUGGCUUUCCUCAGUGUUGUAAAUAUUUUGCUGGGAGCAAGCAGGCACAGAGUAAAGGAGUUCAGUUCUUCCUGAAGCCACAUGAUUACAUCUUGGAGGAGGUAGACAGGUUACAGGAGAGUGAUGGGCUUGGUUACUGUGUUCUGUUGCUGGUGCUGCUGAGAGGAGGAUGUCUUCAAACACAGGAUCUCCUCACACGGCAUGGUACAGAGGAAUUCCAAGAAUCCCUGCAGAUUGUGAAGGAGAUCUGUUCCGGUUUACCUUCUUAUCACAGUUUGGCCAACAUCAGACACAAAGCUGAAUCCUUCUGUGGUAUAUAUUUGGAACACAGUGAAAACGGAUUUGUGUUUCAACAUCAAUCCAUCUUUGAUUCUGUCUUCAUCAGUCUGUCUAAGAAGAAUGCCGAUAUUGACGUGGUGAAAUGUCUGCACGAAUGGGGUGCUUUCCUUGACAUCACAGAUGUCACCGGUAAGACAGUGCUUCACAAGGCAGCAAGAUCGUCAACUGACACUAUUGACAAACUCAGAUAUCUUCUGGAUAUCAGAAAGGACCUUUUACAAAUUGUGGACAGUCGGGGAAGAACAGCUGCAUCUGCAGCAGUACUGUCUUCUAUUGCGACUGGAGACGGAAGUGAUCCAUGUCUUCAGGAUGCUAUGGGUAAAACAGCUCUACACUGUGCAACUGAAAGAGGAAGGACUGACAUUGUGAAGCUGUUGCUGGACACACCCAUUGAUCUGCAUGUUCAAGAUGAUGAGGAAGACAGGACAUUACAUCAUUAUGCUGCUGAAAGUUUAAACGUUGAUAACCUAAAGCUUCUCCUACAGGAAGGUCUCACUGCAUUCUCAAGAGACAGAUUUGGCCAAACACCUCUGCACUGUGCAGCCAAAUGUGAAGACGUUGAUAGUAUAAAAUUAUUAGCUGAGGCAGAUGCUGACAUCUCUGGGCAAGAUUGUGACGGAAAGACAGCACUGCAUUAUGUAUCAGAAGUGAAUUGCUAUGAAGGUGUUCAACUUCUUUUAAAGGAAUUGGCAGAUCCCAAUGUAACAGAUCACGAGUGCAAGACUCCACUACAUUUUGCUGCAGGACAUCAUUUCAGCAGUGCAACUACCACGCUUCUCUUAAAGGCAGGCUGUGACCCAAAUCAACAAGACCAUCUGGGAAAAACACCCCUUCAUUAUGCCGCUGGGUGCAGUGACAGUACUGCCGUACUUUUGGAGAAUGAUGCGAAACUAGGUGUGACAGAUGGACUUGGUAGGACUGCUCUUCACUAUGCAGCAGAGAACAGCAACGCUAAACAUGUGAAGCUCAUGCUGAAUAAUGGGGCUGAUCCAUUUGCCAAGGACAACUUUGGCAAAACAGCUCUUCACUAUGCCUCUCAUGCAGAUUACAAAGUUUGGAGUGACCGCCCUAAUUAUGCAGAUGAGACAAGAAGGGAAAGUGUUCAACUUCUCUUGGAGAAAGGAAGUAACCCUGGCAUACGAGAUGAAGAUGGAAAGACUGCUCUUCACUAUUUAGCAGAGAAGCAAGGCUGUGAAUGUAUAACUCUAGCAUUGGCCAAAGGUGCUGAUCCAUGCAAGCAAGACAAACAAGGCAAAACAGCUCUGCAUUAUGCUUCACAUCUACCCAAUAGUGAGUCUGUGCAGCUGCUAUUGGAAACAGGUGCUGAUGUAUCAAUAAGGGACGAACAUGGCAAAACAGCUCUUCAUGACGCAGCAGAACAUGGAAAUCUGAAAACCGUAUCAUUACUCCUGAAUCAAGGAGCUGAUCAAUGUGCCCAAGAUGAGCAAGGGAUGUCACCUCUCCAGUAUGCAGUGACACAAAUAGACUGUGUUGUUGCUAAACUUCUCCUUGACCACGGCUCUGAUGUGAAUUUACUUAGUUAUUGCGGGAAGACAACUCUCCACUAUGCAGCAGAAAAAGGAUGUUCAGACAGUGUUAAGCUGUUGUUACAGAGAGGCGCCAAUCUUAAUAAACUAGAUGGGCAAGGCAGGAUCGCACUACAUUGUGCAGCACUUGCGACUAGAGAUUGGUGUACUGAUAAUGUAGAGACACUCUUACGCUUAGGUGCUGAUCCAUCUGCUCAAGACAAAGAGGGAAGGACGGCUCUUCAUUACGCGGCUCAAAGUGAAAAUCACAGAGCUGUGAUACAGAUUUUAAAGAAAUCUGACGUCGCAAGGAUAAAAGACCAAGAGGGAAAGCUAGCUCUUGACUUCGCGAAAGAAACUGGUAAUACAGACAUUGCGAAACUGCUCAAAGAACCAGCUAUAGGUACUAGCUCUGCAAGGUGA